AUGCCUCUCGUCGUGCCAAACGUGUCGGAGAGCGACAAGACUGCCUGGGCGGCCAAGCUGAUGGGCAAGAAGAUCACAGACAACGAGACCAAUGAGACAUGUUUUGCAAAGAAAGAUCUCCCUGAGCAGCACCGCGUCCUCAAGCCCGGCGACAUGAGCACGAUGGACUUCAACCCCGACAGGCAUGUAUUUGCUCUAUCUAUCUAG